AUGAGACGUUUGAAGACAAAGCUUGAGAAAAGCUUACCGAAAUUAGUUCAUCCCAGUUGGUGCUACGAGUCAUGUUCGGGUCAUGGCCGAUGUUGGCAACUACCAAAGCGCCAAGAAUUUUGCGAAUGUGAGCCCGGUUUCUCUGGGCUUUUCUGCGACAAUGAGAUUACUUUUAAUUAUUGGUGGUUCUGGUUGUCAAUCGGGAUCUCGUUGAGCAUUUUGUUAUUACUGCCCGUUCUUUGGUGUUACGGUCAAUUGUUCCCCAACGUCCACUCUCACCACAUUGUCUUCAGAGAG